ACCCAUGAAAUGACCACAGAAGAAUCGCUCUCUUUGCAGUGAUGCUUUUUGAUGGCGCGGAUUGCUUUGACCGAGCUGCGUCUGCAGACCUUCAAGCGGGUUUAUCGCCUGGACGCAUCGGAGCUGUGUGGUGUUUUCCGAGAAGCAGCUGAACGGCGCAUCAACAAUCGUGAGGUUUGGGAUGCGCUGCUUUAUCGUGCGACCCUUCUCCGUGGGGAAUUCAGGCCAAAGGAUUUGGCCACUACAGUGGACUCUUUGGCCCGUAUCCGCUACAAGGACUCCUCGGUUUUGGACUACUUGCUACAAGAGGUUCGAAGCAAAGCUCGACAGUUCCGUGUUCGUGAUGCAGCAUUGCUCCUGAAUGGUCUGGCAAAGUUUGGCUUACGUGAUGAGCUUCUUUGUCGAAGCUUGCUUCCACCACUUCUUCGACGAAUAACUGAAAAGUCCAAGUGGGAGGAUUUGUCGCUUCUCGCCCUGUCUUAUGCCAGGCUCUCCGAUCCUGGGCGGGAACCCAUUUUUGACCAGAUUGUUGGGUCUCUUACACCCCGUCUAAAUCGCAUUGAUGAUGGUCACACACUUUCCUUGCUCGCAUGUGCCUUCACCCGAGCAACCGCGAGGAAUCCACAUGUUGAGGAAGAAAGUGCCGAAGAAUCAUAUGUUGAAACCGAAGGUCCAGCGGUGAGAAAGGAGCGGGAAGAUGAGAGUGCCCCUGCACUCUUUCAACUGGAGGCUGGCGAAUUCAGCCACAUAUCCUUUGUAGAAUUGUUGUUGGAGCAGUGUGAGCGCCACAUCUUCUCCUUCCGUGGCUCCGAUGUUGUGCACCUUUGCUUGGCCCUGGCAACCCUUGUUCGUUCAGGGCACGCGGAACUCAUUCCGCCACGUUUGCUGAAGCAUUUGGCCAAGCGUUUGGACGCCCUGUAUUUUGAUCUUGUUCCCGGACAAUUUGUGCGAUUGCUGGAGCUCAUCCAAUAUCUUCCAGAGGUUGAGGUAGCUUGUGGUCCACGAAUACUGGACGAGCUUGCCUACAGAGCAAGAGAGUUGUUCCCACGGUCCUGCCUGCCAAUGCUUCGAGCUGCUUUGCGCCUGAACCACGCGCGUGGAAAGUCCGCAGCAGCUUGGCGUCUAACGCGCAUGGAUGCAACAGCAGGUGGUCCUUCAAUACUCACCAACUCUGAAACAUGUGAGGCAGCUGCAAUGCUGGCAGAAGCGGCCAUGCCUGGCACCUCGAUGUCUUCUGGCUUCGCCUUUGAUCAAGGUGAAACAUCUGGAAGUUUGCUUUGGGAGGCCAGGGAAGCCUUAUUGAUUCUUCUGCAUGGGCUCAAGAAGCGGGGUGUGGAUUUGAAGCCUGAAAUGGCUGCAAACUUGCUGCGCUUCGCUGCCGCGCUAUCAGUCCGGGAUACGCACUGGUUCUACCUUGGCCAGAAGUUGCUGGUGCCUCAGCCCAUGCACGGGAAGCACUCGACUCGGAGCUCCUCAACGAUCGCGUCGGAGACGGUGACAGAGGCAGACCUUGCCACUUGCACUCUGGCACUGGCUCGCUUGUCGUUUCCACAGCUUGUGGACGCAGGGUCGCUGUUUUCAAGGUCAGCGGUCGCUGUGAAGUCACCUGAGGCUGCAUCUUCAGUCAUGGAGGCGGCAGCUAUCUUCAGUUUGACCGAGAGGAGACCGCAGGAUUUGGUGGCAUCGAAGUUAAUUCCGCUGGUGACGGUUCUUGACAAAGCCCUGAGGACUUUGCCAAAGGACGACCAAUACGAGACCAAGGCUGCUGCUCUCCUUCCUCGACUCUUCCCAUUUUGUGGACGUUUUGCCCAGGUGGCUGGCCAAGAGGCCAUUCUGGAAUGGCGUCCGUUGAUUAUAACCUCAACAACAAUGGCUGUGGCUGCACGUUCACGAUCAUCCAGAUUCCAAGAAUUGGUUUUGCAGGAACUCUCCACUUGGCCUGGCAUAGACCUGGAGACAGAGAUCACGGUAGGUCCCAUCUCUGUUCCUUUUGCCAUGAACUUAGUUGGCCUUGCCAACUUUGUCAGGCACCAACAUGGAUAUGUCGACCUUGGUGAUGAAAGUGAAUCGAGUGGAGAAGAGGGAUUGGCAAUGCCAGAGGCGAGGACGGUCCAUUCAAGGAGAUUGGGUCGAAGAAAGCGGAAGGCUGCGAGAGCAAAGCAGCCUCCACUGGCUCCAAAGCCACAGGAUGUGGACUUUGCAGACGAUGAAGCUUUAUUGAGAAGCACCCCAUCCAACGCAAGGUCCACAUCCAAGAUCUAUUGCAUCCUGCAGAUGGCAUGUUUAGUCAGAGGCAAGCCAUGUGCUCGUGCAGAUACGUGCUUUCUAUUUCAAGUGCUGGCACUCAUCAAUCUCACGUUUGUUUGCCCUGAAGUUUCGAUGCUUUUAUUGACAGAGGACUGCAGACGUGUCAAGAAAAAGCAUCAACCUUGCAUGUGCCGCAUGUGCCACGUUUGCAGUGGGGAUGAGAACUUAUAUAUGAUCAUAUUUGUGCAGAAGGUCUUCAGUUCACUGGAACUGGAACCUACCAAAUGGUGUGGCAUGCCAUUUUGCUGCACAAGCCUCCUUCCCACCCUUUUUCUUGGACCUCUCAUGCCAUUCUUCAGACCCCCGGUUGAUCCGAUCGUGCUGUCCUCCACACGGUGGUCCCGUUGUCUCUGUUCAAGAGUUGCUGCUUGGCCAGAUGGGCAAAAAACGUAUAUGCAAUGCCAGAUGGUUGUAGCAUUUAAUGCCAGAUUUAAGAGUCUUAUGGUGGCUAAAUGCUGUUUGCUUAAAUCUUGUAGUAUAAAUCCUAAUACUUUGCCUCGAAAAGAGAUGGGCUACGUAGUCAAAUGCUGUUCGUAUGGGGUGCUGAUUUCUCCUUCCAACGAUUCUGCCAGCUUGAGACCUACAUGGGCAAAGUAUCGAAACAGAAGCACCACAGGCCGAACAACACCUUUUAGUUGUUGUAUAAUUGGGGCCGGAAACGCACGUUAUCGAACCCACCUGAGGCCGGAAACGCACGUUCUGUUGGAAUUGCUGAGAGAUAGUGAUUACUACCAUGCAUCACCUACGCUUCAAGGGGAGCGCCAGCGUGCCAAAGGGCUUUUGCUUGCUGCCGAAAAACAUGCUGAGAUCCAGCUGCUCCGUCAGAUGGGUUGGCAUGUCAUUUGUGUCCCAGAGCACAGAUGGCAGAUGGAAGACCCGAAAGGAUUUCAGGCGAACCGUGAGAUGAUCUUCAAGCUAGUUGCCGAUCUCACAGGUGAAGUGCGCUGAAGUCCCGUGCGCUGAACCCAGGUGAAGUGCCAUUUGGAAGGUGUUGCCAUGACAAGCUGUCUAACAAAAGGAACACGUGGGCUGACGAGCGACCGACGAUCAGCUGACCGACGCGACCGACGAGCUGACGAGUAGCAGAAGGGAAGCUUCGACCGACCCUCUGAUGGAUCCGACCGCUGCGCUGCCGCCGAAGAGCAUGGCGACUCAUGGCGACCUUCCGACAGACCCUCCGAUUGCGACAUGUGUGGAGAUGUCAUCCAACAGCGGAAAGCUGUUACGAUGAAGAUCGUUGUUUGCAGAGCCUGCCACGGG